CUAAUUUCAUUUUUCGCUAAAGCUUCCAGAAACUUUGAGACUCUUCAUCAUUUCUCUCUCUCCGGCAUCGAUGGCUAUGUUAUCUCACCGUCUCCGACGAGCUUUACUCACGGCGACUUCCUAUGUUAACCGAUCAGUUUCUCUCUCCCCAGCAUCCAUUGCACCAUCGUCCGAGUUCCAUUCUGUGUCUUCUUCUGUGUUACAGAGAUCUGUUUUAGGGAGAUCGACUGAAGUAGCCACUCUAGCUCCGGCGAGACUGUAUUCGACGAGGCAGCUGAAGCUUUACAAAGAAGGCGAUGAGAUAACGGAAGACACUGUGUUGUUCGAAGGUUGUGAUUAUAAUCACUGGCUUAUCACUAUGGAUUUCCCCAAGGAUGAUCCUAAGUCUCCUGAGGAAAUGGUCUCUACUUAUGAACAAACUUGCGCUCAAGGACUUGGUAUCAGUGUGGAAGAGGCCAAGCAGAGGAUGUAUGCUUGUAGCACAACAACUUACCAAGGUUUUCAGGCAAUCAUGACUGAACAAGAAUCAGAAAAGUUCAAGGAUCUACCCGGAGUGGUUUUCAUAUUGCCAGAUUCCUACAUUGAUCCCGUGAACAAAGAGUAUGGAGGAGACAAAUACGAGAAUGGAGUGAUCACACACAGGCCACCACCAGUUCAGAAUACCAGAAUGAGACCCCGUCCUAGGUUUGACCGUUCAACAGGAGGAGGAGGUCCUCAAAACUACCAAAGAAACCCACAGUAUGGUCAGCAACCACCAAUGCAAGGUGGUGGAGGGAGCUAUGGUUCUCAACAGAGCUAUGGCCCUCCAGGACAAGGUCAGGGAACUCAAGCGCCUCCACCUCCAUAUCAGGCAGGUUACAACCAAGGCCCGAGAUCUCCACCACCUCCAUAUCAGGCAGGUUAUAAUCAAAGCCAGGGAUCUCCAGUGCCUCCAUACCAAGGGCCACAAGGCAGUUAUGGUCAAGGCGGAUCUGGGAACUAUAACCAAGGGCCACAAGGAGGUUACAACCAAGGAGGACCUAGGAAUUACAGUCCACCGGGAGCUGGAAACUAUGGUCCUGCACCGGGGGCUGGAAAUACCAGUUAUGGUCAGCCUGGUCAUGGUCAGGGAUAUUCUGGAGCUGGAAAUACCAGUUAUGGUCAGCCUGGUCAGGGAUAUUCUGGACCUGGACAAGAGCAGAAUCAAACAUUUCCACAGGCAGAUCAGAGGAAUCCAGACUGGAACAACAAUAAUCCAGCAGGCCAGCCCGGCCCUGAUCAAUUUCCACAGGGAAGAAGAUACUAGACAGAGAGUUAUGAUGCAUGUGAAUUGAGCUGAAAUAAGGAGAGGAGUGUCCAAGGCCUUUUAUUUAAGCUUUAUAGUAAAUAUUUUUUAGUCAUCUUCUUCUUUGUAAGACACUAGUGUGCCCCUUUUCUCCAAAGUUGAGCUUGAUGAACGUUGUUGGUUGCAUCUGUCAUUUAGAAACACUCUUGCAAAACGUUCUUUCUGAAUCUAAUCUGCUUGAUUUUA